CUAUUUGUUAAACAGUGGAUUGCAGGCUCUGGCGCCGUGCGGUCGACCUCCCUGCUUUCGAAUCCGUUUUCUUUCAGGACAGUCAUGGCCAGAUUCUCUCUCGCCCUCGGGCUGCUCGUGGUAGUAUUGACGGCGUCUUCCGUCUGCCUAGCCGAUUCUCCGAACACAAGCAGUGGCUGUCCCUUAGUCGCCUGCUCCUCGAGAUACGACCCUGUUUGCGCCAGCGACGGGAGGACGUACCUCAAUGAGUGCGUUCUGGAGUCGACCGCGUGCUUCAACCCGGAACUGAGAUUCGUGAGACCAGGGAACUGCCGCUAGGACCACCGGAACAAAAGCUUCGCUCACGUUGAUUCCUCCUCCAGUCUUCUCUGACACUCCCCCUUCCCUUUCUCCUCCUCUAUCCCCCCUUCCCCUUCUUCCCAGUCGGACGUCAACGUUGCUGCGGCCUUCAGUGAUCACUACGCCAUCGAUCAAGGAACAUGUUUAACCAGUCUCAAAAAGGAAGCCUAAAUUGGUUCCUAUUCCGUAAUCCAAAAGUUGUCAUAUGCAUAUGUGUGAUAUGCCUUGCUAUGUCAUGAUCUUCCAAAUUAAACCAAUCUUUUUCCUUAA